AUGGAUGGCCCCAAGGAGUUCCACCCCAAGAACGCAGGAUCCAAGUCGUUCCACUGGAUCGUGACUUUGGUGGUAUUAUUGAUCUUACCGUCAAUUGCUUCUGCUUUUGCUUCAGCUAACCGGGUCCGCUGGUCGGUCGUGAUGCAGUUGGUACUGACAGCCUACUCGGUGUUCGAAUUUCUCUGCUUGAGUUUCCCGGACAACACCAACGACCACGAAAACAAAACCUCUACUGGUACCUCGUUCUUUUUGAGUGGUUUAUUGGGGUUGACAGUUUUCAUCGGUACCGUGCUCAACGGCUCGAACAUCGUCAUUAAUAAGUUCUACCCACACUUGGCGUCCAAGAAGCAGUCGUCUCCUGGCUUCACGUUGAAGGUGUAUAAGGUGUUAUCGUUCAUGUGUGUGUUGACCGGGUGGGUCAGGGUGUCGAUUGCCCCGGUUUCGAUGUUUGGAUUCUGUUAUGGCAAACACACCGGCCAGUGCAUUGCACAUGGGAUAAUGGGGUCGUCGUUCAUCGCGUACGGGUUUUUGUUGUUGGUGGUGUUGGUAGUGCCAUGGUUGCGGAAGAGAGAGCACGGACGGCCGCAGGAAUUCUACGACUCGGUGAUGAUGUGCGCAUGGGGAAUCGUCAACACCUUUACUGAACACAGAUGGGGUAAGGAGCCAUGGGGGAUGGGAGACUACGACCAUACGUCGAUGGGGAUCAUCUGGGCAUGUGGGGGAUUUCUUGGGAUUUGGUUGUCUAGAAAGAAGCAGAGGUCGUUUAUUCCCGCUCUCUUGUUGGUGUAUACCGGGUGGUCAAUGUCGCAGCAUCACCAGAAGUUGGAGAUCUCGACCAAAGUCCAUGCGAUGUUCGGGUUGGUGUUGAUGAGUGCUGGGCUCACGCGGCUCAUCGAGAUUCUGUUUGUGUUGAAAGACAAGUACUUUGGAGAAAACGGUGACAUUGUCUCAUUCCAGUAUCUCCCCCCAUUGUGUCUUGUGUUGUCUGGGUUGUUGUUCAUGGGGGCCACCGAAGAGCAGUUGAUCUUGGUCCAUGAUUUGGGGUCCACAUACGCCGCCUAUGUGUUGGUGGUGGUGGCUGCCGGGUUUACGAUCUGCCUUUGGAUGUUGCUUGUGAUUCAGUUGUACUUGAGACUAGAAGGGUACGACGAGGAUGGGGAGCUCCAUGUGCAUACGAGCGACUAUCACAGCGUGGACCCCAAUGAGGUCGACAAUUUUGAGCUUAGCGAGCUCUCUGAUGACGAGACGGUACUGGCAUAA